CUGGCGGCGGUGUGUGUCUGCAGGAGUUCAUAAGAGCAGCUCUGACUGAAGGCCUCACAGAGCGCAGGCCUACUGGCGGCAGUGGCGCGCGUGAUUCGCUACUUUUGUGUUUGUACAUUAAAUGAGUACAGCUUAAAUUAGCCCCACCACCAGCUGAUUUAUUUGGUAUUUUAUUUGAAAUUACAUUUAGAUUAAAAUUAUACAUAAGUGCGCCUCUUUCGGCUAAACUGAAUAUAUGCUUUUGUAUGUGGUGUGGAAUCUGCCGAACUGAACCCCGCGCUGACCUAGCAUGCGGCUACUUCCUUGUUAGUGAGUCGGUGUGUGAGGCGACAAGAAGUUUCAGCCCCGCUUAAGUAUGUGUGGAUUUAGCUGACAUUUUCCAUGGGAUUUUCCCUUCAGAAUCCUCGCCAGGCGCAGAAAACACGCCGUUUCUAACUCUUCACCGGGAGGACCGCGCUAUGGAGGCGGAUUUAACGGCUGUUGUGCGGCAGAUUCGCUAAGUUAGCACAGGCUGCUAACACCAGCUUUUCUUCAUAUGCGCGGAACUGGAUUAUAACUCGAGCUUUUAUUGACUUCUGCGAGCGUUUCACGCGUUUAUCCGACUGAUGAGCGUCGGGAUGCUUCGAUGCGACGGAUCGGCUGUGCUGUGGACGGGACCGGGUGCCGUGUGAACGCAGACACGAGCCGAGCAGCGCUUAAAGUGGAUUCAAAUGUUGUGCUUUGUUUGCCGGGGACUGGAACUCGAGCACUUCAGAGCGAGAAAAGUGGAAUAUUAAAUGCCUAACCCGGAGAUCAUUCCCCGCGAGGGCCGAGGGAGAAGCCCGCCGCCACAGAGGAGCCAGCGCGAGGCGCGACGGAGCAAGAGCCACCGGGAGAGACACCGGGAGAAGGGGCGGUCGUCGUCCUCCUCCUCCCGCAGGAAGAAGCACAAGCACGCCCGGGAGAAGCAGCAGCAGCAGUGGCAGCAGCAGGAGCUGCUUUAUGAUGGCGACGCGCGGACUUUAGUGGAGUACGACGACGUGAGCUCGCAGUCCGAGCGCUUCUCCGGGAGCCCGUCGCCCAGAACCGACACGCUGUCCGCGGAGCGGCUGAGCGAAGCCGAACUUCAGGACUCCACGCCGGGCAGGAGGGAGCAGAACUCUUCCUCUCGGAGGAGCGGCGGAUCGGCGGAGAAAGGCCGGCAGGAGAAGGAGAUGAAGCGGAACCGCUCCGGCCGCGAGCAGGACGCGGCGUUCAAGUCCCGCAGCGGCGUGAGGAAUCACGACAGUAACGGCAGGAAGCCUUCAGCCGCGUCCCAAGCGGACAAAAAGGAGUCUAAGCGCCACAAAAGCAAGUCCAAACCUGACAAGGACCCUCCGUCUGCGUACAGGGAACCGCCACAAGCUUACCGGGACGAGCGGGAGGAGCUCCGGGCCUACCGGAGGAGCAGUCCGAGCUUCAAAGCGGCGGAUAGUCCUUACGGGACGUCUUAUUCCUAUGGAUACCAGUCCCCGAACACAAACUACCCGUUUAUUUCCAGGAGGAGCCCCCGGAGGCUGUCUCCCAGCUCGACCUACUACGGUCGGGAGUCGGAGCUGUACGGAGCCUCUAACGUGUCGAAGUCACCGAGCUCGUACUCGAGCAGUAAGAGGAAGCGCUCGCCGUCCAGCCCGUACUGGCGCCGGUCUCCGAGCUACGGCCGUCACAGCCCCUACGAGCAGGGCGAGUUCACCGGCAGCCCGUUCGGCCAGCGCAGACGCUCCAGGAGCCCGUACAGGAAGUCGCUGAGCCCCAGCCCGGACGGCAGGCGGACAGGAAAGUCUCGCAGCAGGAGCCCGUACCAGUCCACGCGUCAUUCUCGCUCACGCAGCCGCCACCGCCACUCGCGGUCCCGCAGCCGCCCCUCCAGCCUGUCGCCCAGCACCCUGACCCUGAAGAGCAGCCUGGCCGCCGAGCUCAGCAAGCAGAAGAAAGCGAAAGCCGCCGAAGCCGCCCGCGUCAAGAACUCCAGCAACACCUCCACCCCGACCAAGGGCUCCUCGUCCUCCUCCGCCGCGCCUCAGCCCAGCCCCGUCACCAAUCACGCGCCCAAGAAGAGCAGACCGCCCUCACCGCCGCCCGUGACCGAGAAGGGCCCCAGAACUCCAGUGUCCAGCCAGCCACAGUCUCCUGUGGAUCGACCCGCCAAGAGGAGCUCGGACGCCUCGCAGUCCGGCAGAGACGCCAAGGGAAAGGAGGACAAAAAGAAAGGAGGACAGUCCAUGCAGGUUAAAGAGAAGGAGCGAGAGAAAGCAGCUGCUCCGGCUGUGGCCUCUCUCCCACCGGCACCCAACAACCUGGAUCCGGUGGACGGAAGCGACAGUAGCUUGAAAGACUCCUCAACAACCGCAGGGAAGAAAAACUACAGACCAGAAAGGAAAGCCCGUCAGCUCCUCUCAGACCUCCCCCUUCCUCCAGAGCUCCCAGGCGUCACCCCCGGUUCACCCCACAGCCCACCUGACGAUAAAAAGACGCACAUCCCGCGGAAGAGACCAAAAAUUUGUGGCCCACGCUUCGGAGAGAUCAAGGAAACGGAGAUAGACUGGGGGAAGCGGUGCGUCGACAAGUUUGAAAUCAUUGGGAUCACUGGAGAAGGUACUUAUGGGCAGGUGUACAAAGCCAAGGACAAAGACACUGCUGAGUUGGUGGCCCUAAAGAAGGUCCGUUUGGACAAUGAGAAGGAGGGUUUCCCCAUCACAGCCAUCAGGGAGAUCAAGAUCCUGCGGCAGCUCAACCACAAGAGCAUCAUCAACAUGAAGGAGAUCGUCACCGACAAAGAAGACGCCUUAGACUUCAAGAACGACAAAGGGGCGUUUUACCUGGUGUUUGAGUACAUGGACCACGACCUGAUGGGCCUCCUGGAGUCGGGCCUCGUACACUUCAACGAGAGCCACAUCAAGUCUUUCAUGAGGCAGCUGCUGGAAGGACUGGAUUACUGCCACAAGAAGAACUUCCUGCACAGGGACAUCAAGUGCUCCAACAUCCUGCUCAAUAACAAGGGUCAGAUCAAGCUGGCAGAUUUUGGAUUGGCCCGUCUGUACAACUCUGAAGAGAGUCGGCCCUACACCAAUAAGGUGAUCACUCUGUGGUACCGCCCACCCGAGCUGCUGCUAGGAGAAGAGAGGUACACGCCUGCCAUCGACGUGUGGAGCUGCGGGUGCAUUCUGGGAGAGCUUUUCACAAAGAAGCCCAUCUUUCAGGCCAACCAGGAGCUAGCACAGCUAGAACUCAUAAGUCGUAUCUGCGGCAGCCCUUGCCCCGCCGUGUGGCCAGACGUCAUCAAGCUGCCCUACUUCAACACCAUGAAACCAAAGAAACAGUACCGGCGGAGACUAAGGGAAGAGUUCGCUUUUAUUCCUCUGAUGGCCCUGGAUUUGUUUGACCAUAUGCUAGCGCUGGACCCGAGCAAACGCUGCACUGCAGAACAAGCUCUCAACAGCGACUUCCUCAAAGAUGUGGAUCCAGCCAAGAUGCCCCCGCCUGAUCUCCCUCUUUGGCAGGACUGCCAUGAACUGUGGAGUAAGAAGCGGCGGCGGCAGAAGCAGAUGCCGGAGGAGCUGAGCGCCCCCAGCCCCCGGAAGGAGCUGGGCCUGGACGACAGCCGCAGCAACACGCCACAGGGCUUCCCUGCCGCUGCGGGACACAAAGGUCCGAGUGCUGCUGCCGCUGCGGCCCUGCUGGACCCCAAAGCUCCCAACUCACAACUGACUCAAGAACAGCUGGCUGUGCUUCUGAACCUAUUUCAGUCCAAAAGCGCCCCGGUGGGAUCGGCCCAGUUCGCCCAGACCGGUUCGAAGAUGAACCCAGAGACGCUCCAGCAACUGACAAAGGCUUUGCCUUCUGGACCACUGGAGUCUGAAAGACCCCCAGAACCGCCUCCGCUCCCCAUGGUCUCUAAACCCCCCCAGCCGCCUCCAGCAGGGGGCGGAGCUCCUCGCACCCCGCCCAUGCCCAAGCCCCCUUCGCCUCCCACCCCGCAGCAGUCGGGGAAGACUGACGGAGAGGCCUCGGCCGCAGCCACGCAGACCGCCGUCACCAUGCUCCUCGCUCAGCUGCUCAAGGUCCAGCAGGGUGCGACGGGAGAGAUCAUGGGGUUCGAGGGCGCUGAGGGCGUCGUCUCAAACGCAGCAGGUCUACAUGAGAUCAAGCCUCCACCUGAGCCCAGCCCCGUCUCUCCAGUGUCUGAAGGGGGCGUCUCGUCCUCCAGGCCUCUAGAGCCUCUCUCCAUUCUCCCGCCAGACCAGAGACCCCCAGAACCUCCGGAACCGCCUCCCUGCGCAGACCUGGACUACCGGCAGGCCCCCGAGACCAAACCGGCUCCGCCCCCCUCGGCAGGCCCGGCAGACGCUCCUAGACCUCCGGAGCCGGACUAUCCGCCGCCGCCCAGGCCAGCGGAGGGACCCGGUUACGGGGCGGACUUUAGCCGGCCGCCUCCGCCGUUUCCUCACGCGGGCUUCGCAGACAGCUACCUCGGUCACAUGAUGGGGGGCGGGAUGCCCCCCCGCCCCCCUCUCGCCCCGGACGCCUUCGCUCACGGAGCAGCCGCCAGCGCGGCCGGCGCCGGAGGCGGCAGCAUGGUGUUCAGCGGAGACAAGGACCAUCGCUUCGAGUACAAUCACGUCGGCCCCGGGCCCCCGCCGCCCCCUCCGGGACAAGCCUGGACGUCGCCGUCCCAAUCCGUGCCGCUCGGGUACGUUCCCCAUGUGAACACGGCGGCGCUGCGGGGCAGAGGACUCCCUUUCUGAUCGGCACGGCCGACGAACUCACUAAGGAUGAUCGCGUCGGGACAGGAAGACUCUAAAGACACGUGCAGCGCCUCAAACCAGCACUAAACGUCUCAGAACUUGAUUUGUAAUAUUUCUGAAUAAUUUGAGGGUUGAAACUGGAGGGACGAACUGUUGGGAUGGGAAUUUUUGCGUUUCCCACUCAUACCAUUUCAUAGAGCUGUUUUUCGUUUUUCCCUCCAAUUGAUUUUUGUAAUCUAUUCUACUGCUGUCUUUUAAAUUAAAAUUGUACCUUUUUUGCGUGUGCAUUUACCGUGCAGGGUAAGUGUUUUUAUGACCUGUACCGUAACGUCUCCUGAACCGCGUGAGGACAGACUAGUAUUACCGUGUUUUGCACUACUGAAUAAAGUAGGUGGAAACAAGCGAAGGUGUGAAUGUGCUGUAUCUGCACAUGUAAAUGACCAGUAAUGUAAUUCGUUUUCUUUUAAUUUUCUUUCCCUCCUUCAGUCUUUUUUUCUUCUUCUUCUUCUUCUUUUUCCUUCCUGAUGAUUGAACGAUUAUGUCACAAGGUUAGAAUCACUGGAGGGGCUUUUAAAGACUCCAGGUCGACUGGCAGCACUUGUGUGAUCGAGCUGGUGAAUCUACUGAACACGUGAACGGAUCAAAGCUGUGUUUCUCACCGGUUCCCACCAGCUCUUGUCUAUAGCCAUUGUAAAAUUGAAAGUAAAGAGACGUUUAAAUGAUUUUCAAGGAGAUGAGCAAUGAUGUCUUUUUUUGUAUGAAGAUGUUUUCCCCCCUUUGGCAAAUGUUUAUUAAAGAAAUGCCAAUAAUGUAA